CGUUGUUACUCUACAGCACAGAAACAUGGACCUCUCUGUUUUGCCAAACAACAACCAUCCCGAUAAAUUCCUGCAACUAGAGGUGAAGUCUUUAGAGAAAAGCUCUACCUGUCUGCAAGCCAGCUGGGCAAAACUGCCAGAUGCAGCUCUACCUGGAGUGCAGCGGUGGCACAACAGAAUCUAUUUACAGAGAGAAAAAAGAACUGUCACUGAGCUGCCAGGCUUAGACUUGAACAGGGUCAGUCAAGAAAUGAUAGACAAAGCCCUGGGGAAACACAUUACACCCAUCACCCUGAAAUCCACCAUCAAAAGAAACCCGUUGUAUAGUGAUAUCCAGGUGGAUGACGACUGGGAGGAGAAGAAAAAGACCCCUUCCUGGACCGUGCAGGACUAUGACAGACACUCGCUGCACUCUAACUUGGCCAGCCACAUAAAGGAAAAUCCUAAUGAUCUACAGUUCUGGAUGGGGGAUAUUUAUACUCCUGGGUAUGAUACCUUGUUAAAAAAGAAAGAAAGAGAAAAAAAGCAUUCCAAAUAUUGUCGAAUCAUCCUGCUCAUGGUACUUGCUGUUUGCAUCCUAAUUACCAUAGUCACACUGAGUGUUUUACUUACUUAG